AACACUGAUGAUAACGGGUUCACAGACAUUGGGCAUCGUACCGUGCGAUUGUUACUUGUUAGGGCUUUACGAACUUAUUUGUCGCUUUUCAAUCAAAACGCCAGAAAUAAAUUCACAAACACACCCGUAUCAUUGGAUUCUCACGUUUAUGACAUUCGUUUCGAACGCGUACUACUUUACGUUUGUUUUGCAUUUUUUUUUUCCAACGUUAAUGGUGCAUUCACGAUGUAUUUCCAUUGACUGUCAGUAAUGUGCCGACACUCUAGUGACGUCUUACACUUAGGCUGUGGUUAAUGUUGGUCGUGUCUCAAGGUACGAACAAACUAUGACCAUGUUCUCUUGGAUACGCAACAGGAGGCAAUUGACUAGACUUGUAGCGUGUGUGCUGAUUUGGUUUUUAUGAACAGACAAAAUAUAAUGUUUUGCUAGCUUGUCUUCCUAUCGUUCUUACCUCAGUGUGCAAAAUAUUAUAAUCCAUGUCAAAAAAAGGGAAUUCACAGGCUCCACAAUCCAGUAGCCAAGGCAUAGAUCAGUAUGGGUUCGAAGACGAUGGACCGCCAGAUACUGUCGAUUGCCUGGGUGCAAGAGACAGCAGGACGAUACACGUCAACUCAAUUCAGAACUUCAAGCACUGUUCGAACUGUAUAUCUACGGCCAAGUACAGUAUAUUGUCGUUCUUGCCCAUAUUCCUCUUCGAACAGUUCCGGCGUUAUUCAAACUGCUUUUUCCUGCUUAUUGCACUCUUGCAGCAAAUACCGGAAGUGUCUCCCACUGGUCGGUUCACAACGUUAGUACCAUUAUGUUUUAUUCUUUUAGUCUCUGCACUUAAAGAAAUUGUUGAAGACUUUAAAAGACAUAGAGCGGACCGUGAAAUCAAUCAUCGAAAAGUUGAAGUCUUAAAUAACGGUAUUUGGACGCCACAACGAUGGGAUCUCAUAAACGUAGGUGACAUUGUUAGAGUGCAAAACAAUACGUUCUUCCCUGCCGAUCUUCUUAUACUUUCUUCCAGCGAACCACAAAGUAUGUGUUAUAUUGAAACAAUGAACCUAGAUGGCGAAACAAAUCUAAAAAUACGACAAGGUCUUCCAGAAACAUCGCGUUAUGUCGAUGCAAAUGAUCUCAUGCGUUUUAAAGGAGUAAUUGAGUGUGAGCUUCCAAAUCGGUUGAUCUACGAUUUUGCUGGUAGUCUCAAAUUAGUGGAUAGAGUUCCGCUAUCUUUGGGUCCAAACCAUCUGCUGUUACGAGGUGCCAUGUUACGUAAUACAGCUUGGGUGUGUUGUGUUGUUAUAUAUACUGGUCAUGAAACAAAGCUCAUGAUGAAUCAGACUUCAGCUCCUUUGAAAAGAUCAACAGUAGACAAAAUUGUUAACACCCAAAUUAUAAUGCUUUUCUUGUUGCUGUGUACAUUGUGUUUAAUAAGCGCAUUUUGCAACAUUAUUUGGACCAAACAAAAGGGAUCAAAAGACUGGUAUUUACAAGUAGAUGAAUUUGUCACAUUCAAAUUUGCAUUUAAUUUACUCACAUUCUUUAUAUUAUUUAACAAUUUAAUUCCUAUUUCGUUGCAAGUAACUGUUGAGGUUGUUCGUUUUAUGCAAGCAUUGUUUAUCAACAACGAUAUUGAAAUGUAUCACGAAGAAAGUAAUACACCAGCUAUGGCACGGACUUCAAAUUUAAAUGAAGAAUUGGGCAUGGUUAAAUAUAUUUUUUCUGAUAAGACUGGUACGUUAACAAGAAACGUCAUGGAAUUUAAACAUUGUUCAAUAGCUGGAGUACUUUACUUAGAAGGUUCACAAGAGACCUUAAUAAAUAACUCAAAAAACCACCCAACGCGAGAUUAUGUUUUAGAAUUUUUAAGAAUGAUGUCUGUUUGUCAUACGGUUAUUCCAGAAAAGAUUAAAGAUUCAGAUGAAAUUUUAUACCAUGCUUCAUCUCCAGAUGAGCAAGCAUUGUUAAAAGGAUGUCAAUUGUUUGGUUAUGUGUUCCAUACCCGUACUCCAAGAUCAGUCACUGUUUCAGCUUUAGGUAUCAAUGAAGAAUAUGAAGUGUUGACUGUCAUAGAGUUUACCAGCGCUAGAAAGAGAAUGUCUGUGAUAGUGCGUGCACCUGAUAAAAAGAUUUAUCUUUAUUGUAAAGGUGCAGAUACUGUUAUUUUCGAACGUCUUUCAAGGGUGGGUGAAGAGUAUAAAGACAUAACAUUGAAGCAUCUUGAAGAGUUUGCAAAUAAUGGUUAUCGUACAUUGUGUUUUGCUUAUGCCGAAAUUUCGGAGCACACUUACCAGGAUUGGAAUGAAGAAUUUUUGAAAGCUGGUAAUGUUCUGACGAAUCGCGAGGGUGCUAUUGAUGAGGUUGCCAAGUUAAUUGAAGUAAAUCUUAUUCUUCUUGGGGCAUCAGCCGUUGAAGACAAAUUACAAGAUCAAGUACCAGAAACUAUUGCAGCUUUGAUAAAAGCAGAUAUCAACGUUUGGGUAUUGACUGGAGAUAAACAAGAAACUGCUAUUAAUAUUGGAUACUCGACAAAUCUGAUUACACAAGGAACUCCUUUAAUUAUACUCAAUGAGCCUACAUUGGACGAACUUAGAGAAUCGUUACGGCAACACAUGAGUGAACGGGGACCAGCUGUAGGAAAGCCUGAUAAUCCUUUAACACUGGUAAUUGAUGGCCAGUCAUUGAAGCAUGCACUGUCUCAUGAUCUUAAAAUGGAUUUCUUAGAACUAUGCAUGAGUUGCAAGUCUGUUAUAUGCUGCCGUGUAUCACCUAUGCAAAAAGCCGAAGUUGUAGAAUUAGUAACACUAAAUACACGUCAAGUGACAUUAGCUAUUGGCGAUGGUGCAAAUGAUGUCGCAAUGAUACAAAAAGCACAUGUUGGCGUUGGUAUAUCGGGUGUUGAAGGAUUACAGGCUGCUUGUGCAUCUGAUUAUUCUAUAGCCCAAUUUAAGUUCCUGUUGAAAUUGUUGUUUGUCCACGGUGCUUGGAAUUAUAAUAGAAUGUCUAAGUUGAUUUUGUAUAGUUUUUACAAAAAUAUAUGCUUGUACAUCAUUGAACUAUGGUUUGCAAUUUAUUCUGGGUGGUCUGGUCAAAUCAUUUUUGAAAGAUGGACAAUUGGAUUGUAUAAUGUUCUGUUUACUGCUGCUCCACCCUUGGUAAUUGGUAUAUUUGACAUUGUGUGCACUGCAAACACAAGGCUCAAGUUUCCUCAGCUCUAUUCACAGACUUUGGAUACAUUUAACGUACGGAUAUUUUGGAUAUGGGUGAUAAACGCUAUACUUCACUCAUUUCUCUUGUUCUGGAUUUGUAUGUUUGCAUUGAAACAUGAAGUUGUUUGGUCUAAUGGAAAAGAAGGCGGUUACUUACUCAUGGGAAAUUUUAUAUACACAUAUGUAGUAAUUGUUGUGUGUCUUAAAGCUGGCCUUCACAUACAAUCAUGGUCUUAUAUUGUACAUACAGCUAUAUGGGGUUCAAUUGUUGCGUGGUUUGUGUUUCUAGUCAUUUACAGUCACGUAUGGCAGGUAUUCCCUAUUGGUUCUGUGUUUACUGGCAUGGAUGUUAUGGUAUUCACAUCACCAAUUUUCUGGAUUUUAAUGCUGUUUUCAGUAACUGUUGUUAUGGGAUUGGAUUUAGCAGCGUUAUCAAUUCAAACAACUACUAAAAAAACUCUGGUCCAAACAUUAAGGGAAAACGAAUUACGAAAACCAGACACAAAUAAUGUUGUUAAUCCAAGACAUAGAACAAACGAAAAGGCACGUCUCCUUGAGAACGUAAAAAAUGUUUUCAAUUUCAAAUCUCGAUUACAAUCGACCACGGAAGUUGAAAUGAACCAUGGUUUUGCUUUUUCACAAGAAGAAGGAGGUGCCGUCAGUCAGUCAGAUAUGAUACGCGUGUACAACACGUGCUCGCCAACUCCAGAAGUCGUAUAAAUGCGUGCGAACUGCCGCUAAACCAUUGUUAGUAAUAAUAAUCUUAAACAUAUAAUACCGCGUGUCAAGCACUUUUAGUUUUACAAUCUGUUAGCUGGUCACUCAUAUUAUUAUUUUUAUUGUUGUUAAUUUCAUUAUUGUCUCUAUAAUUUUUGUUAUGAUGUCACUAUGAUUAUUUUUAUUAUUAUUAUCAUCAUCAUUUCCAUCAUCAAUCAUCGUCAUCAUCAUAAUCAUCAUGAAUGUAUUUUGUCUCUGUGCUCAUCAUAAUAAUGUUAUUUUAUUUAAGUACAUCAAAAUAUCUGAGUGAAAAUUCCAUCGAUUCAUACUUGUUGACAUUUGCUUACUAUUGAAUCUCGGCUGUUCACUGAAUAAAUUAAAAACAAAGAUAGUAUAUACUACACUAUACAAAUACGUACAAAAUUAAUUAUUAACUUAUGUGAAUAAAAAAUUACUUAUAGUCUAUAAACUAUUGGUACAAAAAGGAGAAACAGUUAAUAUUGAAUGCGCGCCCCACCAUAUUUCGACUUAUAAAUCACAUAAUAAUAUGUUUUAUACUAUUUAUGAUUGUUUGCUAAUCAUGACUAUAUUGGGAAAACAAUUAUAAUAAUUCUGAUGAUUUUUUUUUUUUAUCUAGUGUAGUAUAUACAGAACUUUGUUAGUUAUACAUUUAUACUCACAGAAGACCUAAUUACUAGUCAAAGUUUUUUUUGUAGGUACAUGGCGAACACAAUACUUAACUAUAGUAGUCUGUAAACCUAUUAUAUUGUGGACUGCACACUUUUUCGUAUUAAGUACUUGUAUCUAGAAAACAUGUAGUGUUUUUUAUUAGAUUGAACUUCCAUACUAAAGGCUAAACUAUCGUGGAAAAAUCUACGAGUUUUUAUUUCUAUAUUUUAGAUUAAUUUUUAAUAAAAUAAUUAUUAAGUUGAAAUUACCUACAUUAAUUACGUAUUAUAUAGGCUACAGCAUACAUUUAAUUAAAAUGUAUAUUAAUGUUUACAUUAUUACCUACUUAAAUUAUUAUUUCAUGGUAAUUCAUCUAGAAAUAGUUUUAUGUCUUCCACAUUCACUUGAAGCUCGCAAUAACUAAUGUCUAUAGAUGUGCGUGUGGUCCAUGAUAAAAUAGGUUUUUGAAUGAAAAAAAAUAUAAUAUUAACGUUAUUCGUAAUUCGUGUAUAAUAUAUGUAUUAAACGAGACAGCUUGACCAUGUUAAACAUUUUUAUAUAUUGCGGAUAUCGUUUUCUUGCUUUCAAUAUAGCUGCUAAAAUAUCUCAUAUUUACGAAAAAUGUAAUACAUCCAAUGCAUACAACACUUUUUAAAACGACACCCGUUGUUCCUUUCUUUAUAGCCGAGCUCAUUCCUUAAGCAUUUUUUACAGUUGCGUGCACCUACCUAUGUGCGUUAGAGUGACCAGCUGACAGUUUAUCGGGACAAAUAUUUUUGUUUCUUUCCGAUUUUUCUCCGAUCACAUUUCUGUUAAUUAUAAUGUAUUAAGUCUAGUUCAUAAUUUAUGAUGUCAGUUUCAAUUUGAUUUAAUUAUCGUUAUUAUUAUUAUUAUUAUUAUUACUGUUGUUUACGAUUAUCUCGACGACCUUUGAAACCUCAGACCAACCGAAACAAAUCGUACAAAAUUCGCUAAUCGACACUUGUCCCCUUGGGUAGUGAUGGGUGCGUAAAGGAAUUUAAGGUAAUUGUAGAAUCGUCGAACCGUAUCAUCUCCAAAAUAUGCUCUAGAUUGCGUGGCAGGCGCACAAUCAAUCAUCGAAAAGUUGGAAACCGUCCCUCAGUGUUGUCGCCAAGCAUUCCUUUGACCCACGGACGCGAGCCUGUCAUUUAUCCUGUCUAUAUAAUAAGACUAGUCAAUGAUAUUUUUAUACGUGCCUAUAACUAUAAUAUGUUUAUACCUAAUUUGCCACACCUAAUAUUGUGCGUUUCUCGUAUAGAUAUCUAUCGCGCACGCGUGUGUACAAUACUUAAUAUAUAUACUAUUAAAUAUAUACUAUUCUAUUCAUACCCACCACUAUUUUAUAUUAAAACGAUAAUGUUAAUGUAAAUAUACCACCUACACAUUUUAAAAUACGUAGGUAUGCGUGUAUAAAUAUCUGGACUUGAACACGUCGUAAAUAAUAUACUCGAACGCGCAUUUCCUAUAAUAUAAUACAAAACACGGGGUGGUACUUGAUGUCUCGGUCACGUAUUUAAGUAUUUUAUACUUAAAUGAUAAUGUUGUAGGGCCGAAGUCCGUUUUUGUUUUGCAUCGGCUGAUGUUGUAUCUUCUGUAACUGUACAAUAAUUUGAAGGUCGACUUCCGCGUUUUAAAUUCAACAGUACGGUACCUAUAGGUAUUCUCGAUUUAAUUGGUCGACUAUGUUACGCCAAUAUAAUAUUAUACUGAUCGCCAGGUGACGGCUGACCUUGGUCUCUACAACACGAAUGUCCACGUAUCAUAUGUAGGUUAAACCAUGGCAGGAACGUCAUUGAAAAUUGUGCACAACGGACCGCAGUUAAGUUUAUAUUUUCUUUUAAAUUUUCACGUCAGACACGAACUUUGUUUUAUUCGUUUGAGCGGAUAUAGUGGGACAUGCGCGUUCCGUGUUUUCCGUUCAGUGUAGAGGUACGUUAAGGCAUCUAACCUAAUAAUAUAAUAUAUUGAAUUGUACACUUGUUGAAUUAAGGACGUAAACGAUGACUGAUAGGGCGCGUUCGUUAUUUUUUUAUUGUUUGUUUAUUUUUAACGUCAAAUCGAUUAAGCGAAUACCUAAUAUAUAUAUAAAAUUUAUAUAAAAUAAUAUUAUCGUAUAAUUUAGUACCUAUUUGUUAUAGGUAUAUGUUAAUAAAUGUGUAUUUAUAAUUAUUAUUAAACACCAAUGUGAUAGAUACUUUUGCUAAACUGAUCUGUGGAACCAUUAACGUUUUACUAAAAAUACACGAGUUUCCAUCACAUCUAUUAAUUAUAAUAUUUAUAAUAUAUUGUCAUGUCAUGUGUGUGCUUCUCGUGUGUUAUCUGAAAGAUCGGGGCAUACCGCCUAAUAAUAUUAAAUAGUGUUACAGCUAAAUAUACAUAUAUAUAUAUACUUAUAUAUAUAUAUAUUUAUUUAUUUUAAUAUUACAAAAUAUAUUUACUUUAUACCGUAGUAACAUAUUAUUUAUACAAAAUGCUGUUUUUUUAGAUAAAUAUAAAUGUCAAUUUCUAUAUCA